UGCGGAGAACUGCCGGCCGCCGCCUCCCGGCUGCGGACGCCCGAGAGCAGGUUGUUGUUUUUAUGAGAGGCGUCACUGGCGCCUGGAGCUGUGACUGCCGCCACCGUGACAGCCAGUGCCGUCUGGCGAAGGUGGCGCUGCCCCUUCAGAUCUGAAAAAUGUCUGAAAAUUCCAGUGACAGUGAUUCAUCUUGUGGUUGGACUGUCAUCAAUCAUGAGGGGUCUGAUGUUGAGAUGGUGAAUUCUGUCACACCCAGUGACAACCGUGAACUCACUCCAGGAUGUUCGUCUUUAGGGCAAGAGGAGCUACAAGUAUUGCGGAUGGGACAACGAGAAGGCAGCCAAAACAGCACAGUGUUAAUGGAGGAAAGUACUUAUCCAGCUUUGGAAGAAACUAAAUCAGAGAUUGAGGCAGAGGAAGAAAAGUUACCUGAUGACAAUGUCUAUUUUGGAACUGCCAGUGAUGAUUCGGAUAUUGUUACUCUAGAACCACCUAAGUUAGAAGAAAUUGGAAUUCAAGAAGCUGUAAUUGUUGAAGAAGCACAGAGUCCGGAAGACUUUAAUAUGGGUUCUUCCUCUAGCAGUCAGUAUGCAUUCUGUCAGCCGGAAACUGAAAGGUGGUGGGAGAAGCUGUGGAAGAUUCCUGAAUGCAUAAGGGGAUGGGAUGAUCAACUGAAACACCAUGUUCCUAGCCAACUCGCCUCCCAAGUAUUUUCGUCUCAGCCUAGUGAUGAUGAGUCGAGUAGUGAUGAAACCAGUAAUCUGCCCAGUCCUGCCUUUAGACGACGCCGUGCGAGGAAGAAAACUGUUUCUACUUCAGAAUCUGAGGAACGGCUCCUUGGUGAACAAGAAACGGAACCUUCUAAGGAGCUGAGUAAACGCCAGUUCAGUAGUGGGCUCAAUAAGUGUGUUAUACUUGCUUUGGUGAUUGCAGUCAGCAUGGGAUUUGGACAUUUCUAUGGCACAAUUCAAAUUCAGAAGCGUCAGCAGUUAGUCAGGAAGAUACAUGAAGAUGAAUUGAAUGAUAUGAAGGAUUAUCUUUCCCAGUGUCAACAGGAACAAGAUUCUUUUAUAGAUUAUAAGUCACUGAAAGAAAACCUUGCGAGGUGCUGGACCCACACUGAAGCAGAGAAGAUGUCUUUCGAAACUGAGAAAAAGAACCUUGCUACAGAAAAUCAGUAUUUAAGAAUGUCUCUAGAGAAGGAAGAAAAGGCCUUAUCUUCAUUACAGGAAGAAUUGAGGAAACUAAGAGAACAGAUAAGAAUGUUGGAAGAUGAAGGGGCAAGUACUGAAUUAGUUACAGAAAAUCAGAAACUUAAGGAGAUUUUGGAAGAUGAAAAGCAAAAAACACAGAGCUUUCUGAAACAAAAGGAGACUGUGUUGGCAGAAGCAAAGAUGCUAAAGAGGGAACUGGCAAAAGAACGAAUGAUCAGCAUGGCUUUAAGGGAAGAACUCCAGCAGUUAAGUUCUAGUCAGUCUCAGGGCAACUCAGAUUCCCCCAAUGUUCUGACUGAAAAGAAGGAAGUAGCAGUCUUAAGGGAAAGACUCACUGAGCUGGAGCAGAAGUUAAACUUUGAACAGCAGCGUUCUGAUUUGUGGGAAAGACUGUAUGUUGAGGCGAAAGAUCAAACUGGAAAACAAGAAACUGAGGGAAAAAAGAAAGGAGGAAGGGGAAACCACAGGGCUAAAAAUAAGUCAAAGGAGACAUUUUUGGGUUCAGUUAAGGAAACUUUUGAUGCCAUGAAGAAUUCUACCAAGGAGUUUGUGAGGCAUCAUAAAGAAAAAAUUAAGCAGGCAAAAGAAGCCGUGAAAGAAAAUCUGAAAAAGUUCUCAGACUCAGUUAAGUCCACUUUCCGACAUUUUAAAGAUACCACCAAGAAUAUCUUUGAUGAAAAGGGUAAUAAAAGAUUUGGUUCAACAAAAGAAGCCGCAGCUGAAAAACCAAGAACAGUUUUUAAUGACUAUUUACAUCCACAGUACAAGGCACCUACACCGAAUCAGAAUAGUCGAGGCCCUUCUAUGCGAAGAGAUGGAGGGAAAGAAAAGCCAAUUCACUUUGAAGACUUUAGAAAAAAUACAAAUUCACAGAAAUGCAGUGCCAGUCAUAACUGUAGGGAAAAUCAUUCUUUCAGAAAGGCUUGUUCUAGUGUGUUUGAAUGUGCUCAAGAAGAAUCCAUUAACCCUUUCAACAUAGUGGCGAAUCCUGUAAGGAUAGAUGAAUUUAGACAGUUAAUUGAAAGGUACUUAAUAAAAGAGCUGGAUGCUUUUCAUCACUGGAAAGAACUCGAUCAGUUCCUCAAUAAGUUUUUCCUAAAUGGUGUCUUUAUUCAUGAUCAGAAGCUCUUCACUGACUUUGUUAAUGAUGUUAAAGACUAUCUUAAAGACAUGAAGGAAUACCAAGUAGAUAAUGAAGGAGUAUUUGAGAAGCUGGACGGAUAUAUAUAUAGACACUUCUUUGGUCACACUUUUCCCCCUCCAUAUGGACCCAGUCGACCUGAUAAAAAGCAACGUAUGGUAAAUAUUGAAAACUCGAGGCAUCGAAAACAAGAGCAGAAGCACCUUCAACCACAGCCUUAUAAAAGGGAAGGUAAAUGGCAUAAAUACGGUCGAACUAAUGGACGACAGAUGGCAAAUCUUGAAAUAGAAUUGGGGCAAUUACCUUUUGAUCCUAAAUAUUGAAGCAUGGAUGCUUUCUACAGUGGUGUUAAAACUAAGAUCAAAUUAGUGAAGAUGACAAUGCCCCCCCCCCCCCAUUUCUAAGUAUCAGUUAAAUGGCUUUAUAUUACUCAUAAGCAUCAGUCAGAAGCUUACUAACCUGCAUUUCCUGUAGUUUAGCUUUGUUGAAUUUUUUUUUAAGGGCACUGGAGAUGUUCAGUUGUAGUCUUAUUCAGGAAGCAGGCAUGCAACAGAUUUUGUGCAUGAAAUGAGACUUGCACAGUGUAUUAGCUUAAAGCAAGCUCAAAUCGUACAUGACAAAGUGUAACUGACACUGAUGUUUGUAUUAAGUUUGCAGUAGAGCUUGAAAAAGUACAUUGUGAUGGAAAUUCAUCUUUAACAGUUUAUAAUCUCACACUUGCUUCUUGUCUUUUGUGGGUUCAAGAGCCCGUUGACUUAUGAAGAAUUUGCUGCCCUUUUAUGAGCUUGCUGACUUGUUCUCUUGUGAAAUUUCUUGCACAUCUGAAUAUUGUGGAGGAAACAAUAAAACCACACCAUGAGGAAAACUAAA